AUGGUGUACGGAGGGAAGCCUAGCACUGGAUGUUACCUGUGCCGCAAGCGAAAAAUUAAGUGUGAUGAAGGGCAUCCGGAAUGCCGAAACUGUGGCAUCUAUGGCCGGCCUUGCCCAGGGUACCGACCUGAUGCAGUGUUCCGUAAUGAAAACAGGAAAGUCGAGCGCCAAGCAAAGAAGGACUCUCUUCCUUCUAAUAGCAGCCAAAGUGUGCCACCUUUUACGCAAUUUUCGGGGGUCGUGGGCUAUCAUCGUGGAAGCCCCUCAAGCAAUAAUAUAUCGUUGUCAUUGAUACCCAUUGCGGAUGCGACUUGGGAACAUCGUGCAAUAUGUUACUUCUUUGAUCAGUAUAUAAUCAAGCCUGACUUUGAAGAUGGCAUGGGCCAUUUAGACUAUUUGCCAUCACUUUAUUCGCAGAUCGACAAGCAAAAAUUGAAGUCUUCUUGCCUUCGGUGGGCGGUGGAUGCGACGGCGUUCAUGACACUCGCCAAUGUUUCACGAGCACCACAACUCAUGUUUAAAGCACGGCGAGCUUAUGGGAAGGCUUUGAGCAGUCUACGUGAAGCUUUGACAUCACCUACUGAGGCUUUAAAGGAUGAAACAUUUGCCUCUGUGGUGAUUCUGUCCCUCUUUGAGGACGUCACUGGGGAACGAAAUGGGCUGUACAGCUCUCACACUGCUGGGUUUGAGUUCCUCAUGAAGCUUCGAGGCAAGGGUCAGCUAAAUCACCGGCAUGGCCGUGAUAUGUUCAAUUUCGCCUAUACACACACGUACGUUGAGAUUCUCGCGUUGGGGGAUAAACCUCGAGUCGACAUGAACUGGAUUAUAGAGCAGUUAGACGCCAACGAUCCUGUCGAGGGGCUCAUGCUAGCCGCCUCCAAAUUGAGCCAACUUUUCCUGGGGAUGCAAGCAGCAUCCAGUCCACCCGAUAUAGCCACUGUCCACCAGUGGAUUGUUGUAGGCCAGGAGUGCGAUUUCGAACUCUCCCAAUGGACUCUCCACUUACCAGAGCGCUGGCUACCGCUGGUCGUCUAUUCAGCGCAAGGCGAGAUUCUGCUCACAUAUAAUCGCAUCUCCAUAUGUGUGAUCUGGAACUAUUACCGCGCCGUGCGCAUCAUGCUACAGCAGCUUCUCCUCAGUCUCAACAGAACCUACACGGCCAUUAUCUCGAAAGGUAAAGCACCGAAUGAUCCCCUUAUUAAGACUGCACUUGAUGAGACGAGUAUAAGGGCAAUCAUUCAAGAGAUGACCACCGACGUCUGCCGCAGCAUCCCUUUCUCAAUGUCAGAUGUGGAUACCCUUGGCCGACCGACAAAGCCGGGUGACUAUGAAAGAACUAUCCGAGCCGCGCAAGGCUAUGGUCUGCUCUGGCCACUCUGGUACAUUGUAUCGUGCGGGAUGCCCUCGCCAGAACAGGCGAACCAGAUUGGUAUAGUGCUGAAUCGCAUUGGAACACAACAAGGUAUCAAUCUUGCGCUGAUCCUAGCCCGAGAAGCUGAACGCAUUCGUGGCGAUAACAAUUCUUUCAGACCUCCUCCCCCUCAGAUCAGCCCCACAGGGGUUCAAAACCUUUGA